UCUAAGAUGGCAGACCCGUUGUCCCGAGGGAGCUUGUACGAGUUUCAGAAGUUGCCGUACAAUCCUGCAAUUCCGAGAAAACGAAAGUCGACUUUGGAAUCAAUAUGGACUACCUUCAAACGGUUGUUUUACUUUGGUCAAUUCUUGGUGAAGAGCAUCCCUGUCUGGAUCCAGCUCAUCUGGAAAUGGUUGAACCCACCGCCUCCGAAGAACAUUUCUGGAUGGAACGCACUAGUGACAGGAGGAUCGAAUGGGAUUGGUCGGGCGGUGAGUUUGGAACUGGCAAAGAUCGGGUGGAAUGUGGCCAUAGUCGAUAUCGAUGCCGAAAAUGGCGAAAAAGUGGCCGAGGAACUGUUCAAGUAUCGCAUCAAGGCAGCCUUUUACAAAGCAGACAUUGCUGACUACGAAGCGGUCGUUGAUAUGAAAAGUAAAAUCGAGCAAGACUUUGGUCCCGUAGACAUCCUGAUCAACAACGCGGGAAUACUCCCAUUCCUAGUGCCCGACGAGUACAGCCCGGAAAACCUUCGCAGAAUGAUGGACGUGAAUGUGCUGAGUCAUUUUUGGACCACCAACGUGUUCCUACCGGGGAUGUACCACCGCCGCCGUGGACAUAUCGUUGGCAUAGCAUCCAGAUCUGCUUACACCCCAACGGGGUACAUGCGUAACUAUGCCACCAGUAAGUACGCGGUGCGUGGGUUCAUGGAAGACCUUCACGACGAAAUUCACCACGCUGGUUUCGAGGGUCAAGUCGUCACAACCAGUGUGUUUCCGAUAUUGAUCAACACCAGGAAGGAGUCGAUCGAGCGCUUUCUUUCACUACCGUGAGAUUCACAUAUUGUCACAUAUUGUUAGAUUAAACUACAGGUGAAUGAAUAUUACGUUCUUUUUUGUUGACAGCGGCUUUGAGAAUAUGUCGGUGAACAGUCUGGAAGAGGCAGCCAGAACAAUAGUUGAAGCGAUCAGAACCAAUCGGCGGAAGCUGUUUGUUCCUAACAUUUUGCAGCCGUGGCAAUUGGCGCUGUUUGAGUAAGUGUUAGGGAUCUAAUUAUUGGGCUGAUAUCAAGAUGUU